AUGUCAGACGAUUAAAUAGCUAAUGAAUUAGAUGAUGUAGAAAAGAAUUAAGUUAAAGUAAAGUUCCCUUAAAAAUCUUGGAUUUCUAUGAUUUAAAAUAAGAUUAUAUCAGUAAAUCAAGUAAUAUUAUUAUUUGACUGAAAAUCAUAGAUAAGUUAAUCUGAAUUCGAAGAGAAACAUGAUACUAAUAUAGGAAUAACUCCAGGAAGAAGUGAAAGAGAAUCCUUCUGUAAAUCCAAACAUGGUUCUUCAAUCUUUUUUAGAGAAGAUUUAGGAAGAUCUAGGAUAAGUGAUUUUGAUCCAACUUCAAUCAAAUAUAGAGUAAUAUUAAUUAUAAUUAUUUAUUAAGACAUAACCCCAUGAAGUCCACUUCAGAAUCAAAGUCUUUAUUAAAUAUUUGGUUCUUAGAAUCCUAUUUUCUAUUAUUGGUCCAUUAAUACUGGUUUAUGGAUUAUUUAAUAAAGAAUGGAUAAGCUUUAUGAGUAAUUUCAAAAUUUAUGGAUGUUCAAAAGGAACUGCCUUCAACUAUUUUCGUUGGUUAUCCAAUUAUGGAUUUUUUUUCUCUUUUGUUUAUUAUAUUGGAAACUAUGGAUUGAAAAAGAUGCAUUAUGAAAUUGGAUUUUUUUGUAUCCUUUUUAUAACAGAAAAUGUUACUUAUGCUAUCAAAUAUGCCUUCUUCCAUCCUUCAAAAUUGAAUCUCAUUGAAAGAUUUGAUAUGAGUAUUAUUGGAGAUUUGUGUGAAUAAAGCAUAAACCCUUAUCAUUGGGCAUAACAAACACCAUCUAUGAUAAAUAGAGAGUUUGAAUAAUCAAUGAAGAGACUUUAAAUUGAACCUACUUCUUUUAAUCUAUAUUUUAUGGUAGCACCAAAUCCUGAAAGAAAGAAAAGAAUUUAAGUUGGAUAUCCAGAUAAAGGUAAUAAGCUGUAUGAAGAUAUAGCAGCUAAUUGUAUAUCAAUGGCAAGAGAAAUUGUUGAAGAAUACAAUAAGAAAUGUCAAAUUAAGUUCAUAAAUAAAUUCUCAAUCUUUCUUGCAUUAUUAAGAGUAGUAGCAUAUGUUUUUAUAAUGAAUUUCUGUAAUGAAUCUGUUAAGGAUUAUGUGAUAGCAGGAUAAAUGUGCAUUUUCUAAUUUAUGUACUUUUAUAUGAUAACAUUGUUGAUGAUGAUCACAUAUAGAGAUUUAAGAAGAAAGGUAUUUGCCAUGACUCAAUUAUCUCAUUUAAUAUCAGCUGAGAAAGUAGAAGUUUAUUAGGAAUCUAAAAUGUUUCCUACUCUAAAUCUAUUGUGUUGUGUAUCUUUAUAUUCUUGGGUCAAUCUAAGGAAGAUGAUUCUAGAUUAUGGAUUGCAAUACACAAGGAGACAAUCCUUCAUGUUAUCCUUUAUAAUGAUUCUAAAUGCAAUAAUGAUGGUCAUUAUGACAUUUCUCUUUUAUGUUGAAUCUGUUACUAUCAAUAGUAUACUCUAAUAGACUGUUGAUUUUGUAGUUAUAGCAUCAAUAUCAAUUGCAUUAGUAUUAUAAGGUGCCAGAAUUAAUGCUCAUUGGUGUAUUCAUAGAGGAUUAUUACGUAAAAAUCUAUUUCUUAUUUAAUAAUUGUCAUAUCAAAUUUUCAAAUCUUUAGAUUAUACUUUUAAACCUGAAGAUCCAGUUUUUAGUGUAAUUAUAUUUUCAUUGUUUUAGGCAUUUCAAAAAUUACUUGAAACUGCUUCUGUUGAAAGUGUACUUCAAGAUGAUUAAUUUCUAAAUUACUCAUUGUUUUGUAUACAUUCAAUAUAAAAUGUGGUAAAUCUAUAAUUCUUAUAUUUUAGUAUGAUGAUUUGGGUCAUCAAGAGAAAUCUUAACCAUAUACAGUAAUGGGUAUAGCAAUGACCUAUUAAUUACUAUUAUAAGUUUGUAUUAGUACAAUGGGAUUGAUUGGAACCUCAGGCUUAAAUUUCAUUUUAUAAGUUUCUGCUUGA